AUGACAGCAGCAAUUGGAAUCAAUGACAGCAACCAGAAAGAUAAAAGUGAUAAAUGUGUUGGAGCAGAGAAUGGAGUAAAUGAGAAGAUGAAAGGGCGUUGGAUGUUUAAAUGUGGUUUGAUGUUAAAAGUUUCGAUUGAUUGCAAUAUGAAGAACAAAACCCCAAAAUCUGAACCAAGACUUCAAUACCCAACUCUCCCCGACGAUAUAAUAGUAGAUCAUAUUCUUCCGAAACUCCCGGUAAAAUCCCUAAUUCGCUUCCAAUCUGUUUCCAAUUAUUGGCACAAAACUAUUUCAAGUAACAAAUUCGCAAAAAAACACCUCGAAUUCUCGUCUUCUAACACUCGAACUAUCCUAUUUCAUAAUUCUGAAGAUUCCUAUUUCUUAGCUUAUGAUGAAUGUAGUAGUAGUUUGAAAGCUUUUGCUAAAUUGGAAUACAAACUCACCCCCGUGAAACCUCCAAUACCUCCUGAAUACGAGAUGUCCAACCUUACUUAUGAGGUGGGAUCUUGUAAUGGACUCGUUUUGUUAAGGGACUCCGAAGAUUGUUGCUUGUAUUUGUGGAACCCGGCAACGAAUGAAUGCUACGCUAUUAGUUUUCCUGAUGUUGUUUAUGAGUUUGAAGUUAGUCCGUUUUUGGGGUUUGGGAUAUAUCUUCCAUCAAUGACUAUAGGAUAG